CCAACACUGUACAGUCGGCUGAUUAAUAACUUUUUGAUUACUUCUUUGAGAAUUGCACUAAGAAUUAGUAAAAGAGCGACUUAACAUGUCCAAGGUGACCGUGCAAGACAUAGAGGCGGUGGAUGACUACUGGGGCCCCACAUUUCGAUCAAUAUUAGAAGGAAACAACACCAAGCAGAUUGGCGAGCAGUUGGACCAGCGGAUUCGCAGUCAUGAUAAGGAGAUCGAGCGUAUCUGCAACCUGUACUAUCAAGGCUUCAUUGAUUCCAUCCAGGAGCUGCUGCAGGUGCGCACCCAGGCAAAGCAGCUGCAUGACGAGGUGCACUCACUAGACACUUCGCUGCGCCAAAUCAGUGCGUCGCUAAUCCAGCAGGGCAACGAUCUGGUGCGAGCACGCCAGAUUGAGUCCAAUCUGGCCAGUGCCAUUGAGGCACUAAAGUCCUGCCUGCCGGCUCUCGAGUGCUACAUGAAGUUCACGCAGCAGGCCAAGAAUAAGCAGUACUACCAGGCGUUGCGAACCCUCGAAACGCUUGAGACGGAGCACCUUUCCAGUCUGAAGACCCACAACUAUCGCUUCGCCACCCAGAUGCAGAUCCAGAUACCUAUUAUCAAGGAGAACAUACGGCGCUCGUCCGCAUCUGACUUUCGUGAGUUUCUCGAGAACAUCCGCAAGUUCUCGCCAAGGAUCGGUGAGCUGGCCAUCACGCACACCAAGGAGCUGCAGAAGCGCGACAUCAACGCUAUAAUUGCGGAGCAUAUGAAAACACACGCAAAUGGAGGAACGGGCGGAGGUGGGACUGGUGCUGGCGAUGGGGGUGACGAUGACGGCGCAAAUGUAAGUGCCCAGGACCUAAUCGACUUCUCGCCCAUCUACCGCUGUCUGCACAUCUACAUGGUGCUGGGACAGCGGGAAUAUUUCGAGAAGGACUACCGGCAGCAGCGUCGAGACCAGGCCAAGUUGGUGCUUCAGCCACCGCCGAACAUGCACGACAACCUAGAGGCCUACAAGACCUAUAUCUGCGCCAUCGUUGGGUUCUUCGUGGUUGAAGAUCACGUUAAGAACACUGCCGGCGAUGUCGUCACCAGCAGUUAUCUGGAGGAUCUCUGGUCCAACUCAUUGACCAAGUUCGUCAACGAGAUCAGCAUGAGCUCGUCGUCCUGUACCGAUCCCAAUAUUUUGCUGCGCAUCAAGAAUCUAAUCAUGCUGUCCAUAAACACAUUUAAGUGUUAUGGUUACACAGUGAAUAUCCUCUGGGAGCUCCUACACAACAUGAGGGAUCACUACAAUGAGGUAUUGCUACAACGAUGGGUGCAUGUCUUUCGCGAUAUCCUCGACAAGGAGCAGUUCCUGCCCAUGGUUGUGCAGAAUGUAGAGGAGUAUGAGGGUAUCAUUGAGCGGUUUCCCUUUCACUCGGAGCAGCUGGAAAAUGCACCGUUUCCCAAGAAGUUCCCCUUUUCGCGCAUGGUUCCCGAGGUAUAUCACCAAGCCAAAGAGUUCAUGUACGCCUGCAUGAAGUUUGCUGAGGAGCUUACAUUGUCGCCUAACGAGGUGGCCGCCAUGGUACGCAAAGCGGCCAAUCUGCUCCUCACUCGCAGCUUCAGCGGCUGCCUUUCGGUGGUUUUUCGCCAGCCGAGCAUCACUUUAACGCAGCUUAUCCAGAUCAUUAUUGACACGCAGUAUUUGGAGAAGGCCGGACCCUUUCUAGACGAGUUUGUCUGUCAUAUGACCAACACGGAGCGGAGUGUAUCACAGACUCCAUCGGCCAUGUUCCAUGUGGCGAGGCAGGAUGCCGAGAAGCAGGUUGGUCUGCGGAUCUGCUCCAAAAUCGACGAGUUCUUUGAGCUAAGCGCCUACGAUUGGCUGCUGGUUGAGCCGCCGGGCAUAGCUUCCGCCUACAUUACGGACAUGAUCUCCUAUCUGAAGAGCACCUUCGAUAACUUCGCCUUUAAGCUGCCCCAUAUCGCCCAGGCAGCCUGUCGACGCACCUGCGAACACAUUGCGGAAAAAAUCUACUCGAUCAUGUACGACGAGGAUGUUAAGCAGAUUUCGACGGGGGCUUUGACACAGAUAAACCUCGAUCUAAUGCAGUGCGAAUUCUUUGCGGCUUCCGAACCAGUGCCUGGAUUGAAGGAGGGCGAGCUCAGCAAGUACUUCCUGCGCAACCGACAGCUACUGGAUCUGCUCAUCCUGGAGGAGUGGAGCACGUACUUCCACGAUUAUGGCAAGCAGGAGAACCGAUAUCAUCUCGUGCAGCCGCAGUCCAUUAUUGUGAUACUUGAAAAGAUCCGCGAGGCGGACAAGAAGCCCAUUUUCUCGUUGGUGCGUAAGAAUGAUAAGAAGAAGCUGCUGGAGACAGUUCUCAAGCAGCUAAAGCAUAUUGCCGAAAGGCAAAAUUAGGAUACAAAAUAAUCGAUCGAUCGCUCAGAUUCCCCACAAUUGUAAUUUUAAAAUUAACUCAACCUUUUAGCUAUACAUCUUUAUUAUUUUUAAGCUAAUUUGAGUUUUCUUAUGGAAAAAGUAUGGAGCUGUUCUCCUUGACUUUUGAUUCGAUUUGUUUUUAUAAAAGACAAAUAUUUCAAUUGAAACUGCUGCCGUUGAACGUGUUAAAUUGUAUUUUGAAUUCGUUUGAUUCGUAUGUACAAAAAGCGGAGUGUUUAAUUAGAAUAUGGUUUGAUUUCUGUUUAAAUUCAAACGAAACGACAAAAAGAGAAAAACAAACAGAUGAACGGCUAAAUAACAAAUUGUAUAUAAUUAUUAGAUGUAUGUAGCGUACGUUGUAUGUAUAUAGGUAUAUUCCGCAGAUCGUAGUAAACUAUGUAAACCUCUAUGUUACGU